UGAUAAUCCGCUCAUUCUCCUCUCACUCCCCGGAUAUUUCUGGUUAGACACGGGCGGUGUAAUAUUGUCGUUGUCGAGUUGCGCAUCGCGACUAAGCCAGACCGGACAUGCCCGCGGCGACAACGAGCAACUCUGACGUGAACAUCCCUUCGCACCCUACCUCGACGACGAAUCUCCGCCUGCGUGGGCCUCCGGACCCUACGCACAUCCCGCGGACGCGGUGGUGAGCACGCGACACACCAUGUUCUCAGCUGCCCUCAAGUCGUUCAGCUCUAAUAUUUCCUCAAAUUACUCCUGGUCGCCGCAACCGUCAUCAACAGCCGGUCCAUGGAAGAUACAUGAUGCCAAGAAGAGGACCACAGGCAAAGCUGCCUCAGUUUUCAUCUUUGACAAGAAGUCUCUAGAGCCUGCUGGUGGUGGACUCAGCUCCUCUCGCUCAAAUGACCGCAACCUCAAGAAGUCUCAUGAGCAGGUUUUGGAAAGGUUGAAGAAAGAGGCUAGUUCGUUGGCAAGACUGAGGCACCCAAGCAUUCUCGAGUUGGCCGAGCCGGUGGAGGAAACCAGAAAUGGAGGUCUAAUGUUUGCGACUGAAGCCGUCACGGCUUCCCUUGCCGGCUUGCUGUCAGACAAGGACGAACAAGAGAGAGCUGGGGGUGUUGGUGGCCGAGGUAGCAGAUAUGUCGUUGAGGAAGCAGACGGCACCCGAAGGAGACGUGAAUUGGAAAUUGACGAGCUUGAAAUACAAAAAGGUCUAUUGCAGAUCGCCAAAGGCCUUGAGUUUCUUCAUGAAAGCGCAAGUCUGGUUCACUGUAAUCUCACGCCAGAGGCCAUAUUCAUAAAUUCGAAAGGUGACUGGAAGAUUUCAGGGCUUGGUUACUCCAGCCCUCCAGAGAACUCCAACGCAGCCACAUCCGUGACACCGAUUGCUCUGUCCGAAGUCCUGAAUUAUGAUGCACGACUUCCACGCUGUGCCCAACUGAACCUUGACUACACGUCACCAGACUUCGUCAUGGACAACAAUGUUAGCUCUGCCGCAGAUAUGUUCUCUCUCGGUCUCAUUGUUGUAGCGCUGUAUAACUCUCCACAUAAAAGUCCACUCGAAACAAAUGGGAGUACAACAACUUAUAAACGAUUGUUCAGCGCUCCAUCGACCACCCCAACUCCGAAUAACAGCUUCUUAUCUUCGAAAUCGCCGCCUAGGGAUGUAGUAUCUAGUCUACUGCCUCGACUCAUCACGCGACGACCGGCUCAGCGGUUCUCUGCUCGGGAGAUGCAACAAGCCCAAUAUUUUGAUAACAUCCUGGUGUCCACCAUUCGCUUCUUGGAGUCACUCCCGGCUAAGACGCCAAACGAAAAGUCACAAUUUAUGCGAGGCCUCCCUCGGAUCCUGAAUCAAUUCCCGAAGUCAGUUCUGGAAAAGAAAAUCCUUCCAGCUCUACUCGAGGAAAUGAAGGAUAAGGAGCUCCUCGCUCUCGUGUUGCAAAAUGUGUUCAAAAUGAUGCCCCUCAUGUCGAACGGCAAGAGAGCAUUUGUAGACCAGGUUACUCCAAAGUUACGAGAAACAUUUAUAAUUGUAGCCAAGAAGGGUACCCCUGCCCCGGAAAAGGACAGUCUUAGAGAUGCAGGACUUAUGGUACUCUUGGAGAAUAUGCAGGUCGUCGCGGACAAUACGACCGGGAAAGAAUUUAAAGAUGAUAUUCUUCCUAUCAUACAGCAGUCACUUGAAUCGACUACACACUCACUUGUCGAUGCAUCGUUGAAGACGCUGUCUGUCAUCUUACCAGCCUUGGACUUCUCGACCAUCAAGAAUGACCUGUUUCCUGUGAUUGCCAAUGUAUUCAGCAAAACUAGCAGUAUGGGUAUCAAGAUCCGCGGUCUCGAGGCAUUCCAGACCCUGUGCGGCGGCACACCAAAUGCAGUUGAGCCUGAAGAUGACUUGAAUGGCUUCACUGAGAAGAAAAAAGGGAAGCAAAACACUUCUUGCAUUCUAGACAAAUAUACGAUUCAAGAGAAAGUGGUUCCACUCAUGAAGGGCAUCAAGACUAAAGAACCAGCAGUCAUGAUGGCCGCUCUCGAUGUAUUCAAGGAAGUCGGCAAGAUUGCUGACUCCGAUUACUUGGCAAUGGAUGUCCUGCCCAUAUUAUGGACAUUUUCACUGGGCCCGCUUCUCAACCUUCAACAGUUCCAAGCUUUCAUAGCUUUAAUCAAGUCACUUUCGAACAAGAUCGAACAAGAACAGACCCGGAAACUCCAAGAGCUCUCGGCGAGUAACUCAUCUCCAGCAGCGGUGCGGAAUGACUUUAUGAGUUUUGGCGCAGUGGGAAGUGCGAAUGGAUUAAACAGUCCUACGAACGGUGAUGAAGGCGACUUUGAGACACUUGUCACAGGCCGAAAAGGCGGAAGUGCUUCAGAUGUGUUUGGCGAACAAUGGGGUUCUGGUAGUGCUUCGACAACACUACCUUCUCGUCCAUCGGUCGGCUCACGUACCCAAAGCCAAGGCGCAGCAGCAUCAUUUUCAUGGUCCUCACCUUCACCCGCUCCAGUUCCUCAAGCACCCCAGUCGUACAACCUUCAGCCCGCUCCUCCAACAUCCCGAACAAUUACUCCAGAUCACACCAUGGGCUCUUUCACUCCACUGCAGCCAAGUAACCUCGCCCCAAGCUUCUCUCAACCACUUCAACCUUCACGCCCCGGAGCUCCGAGUAUGGGGGUUCUCUCACCAACAACUUCCACAAUGUCGCCUACGCCAUCGCAAGGGAGGGCUGUAGACUGGUCUGCUGCUUCUAAUGCACCCAACAUGUGGUCAAACUCGACCAACGUGCGACAGAGCCAUAUAGUGCCUUCAUCCACAUCAAAUGCAUCCUUCUCUAUUGCUCCUCCACCCGCAAGCCCUUACUCCAACUUCAACAUCGCGCCGCCUCCAAGCAACAAUAGACAGACAAGCUACCAGGGGAGUAUAGGACCAAUCCGCAAUAAUGCUAGCAUUGGUAUGGACACUACGCAUAGCAUGGGUAUGGUAUCGAAUGCCGGACCUGGAAGAGGAAGCAUGGGAACUGUUGUGCAACCACAACCCCUACAGCAGCAGACACCCGGUGUACAGCCAGGGCAGAAGCAAGGAAUAGACAAGUAUGAAAGUCUAUUGUAAAACGAAGUUGUGGAUAAUGAUAAGCAUCCGCCGCCUCAAUCUUAUGAUACCCUUGGCAUAGCAUUUCAGAGGGCUCUACAUUGCGAACAUGAAUACCAGACCAGUGUAAGCAGGACUUUACUUGAGUGUUAUUUUUCCAUGCGAAUACCUGAUGGCCCAUUCCCAUUGUACGAUAGGUAGCGCGACUUGGGUGGUAUAUAGAUGUACCAACCUGAGGACAGCCACUGACUUUCAAUAAAUAAUACUACACGUUUUGUGUACAUAAC